GCAAUAAAUCUCCUGUUUUACAAUUUAAGCUGGGCCUCAGUAGGCAAACGACGAUUCAUCACCAAUCGUAACCGUAGCAAUAAUCUUGCUAUUCUCCAUAACAUUGAUUGUUCAUUUUCUUAUUCUAUUGCAUAACUUCUUAACCUCCCGAGUCCUUUUCUAUUUAAUCAAGAUGUCAGCUCCGACUGAUGCGAACAAGAUCAAUCCGUCUUCAACCGUACCCGAGUCUCCUACCACCGUACGCCCGUUCGAGAUGGACGACGAUGAUAUUCAAGAGACGGGCGUUCUCGGUGAAGACAACGUCCAUCCCACGACUGCGACGUCGACUACUGCCAACCCGACAACAGCCACCGAAGAAUCCGCGCCCCCGAAACCUCCUCGGCCACUUACUGAGCAGCAAAAGAAUGAACUGAUUCUCAAGGAAGCCUUCCCUAACAUCGAACUUACGGUUAUCAAGGCCGUAUUGAUUGCGAGUGGCGGUCAAAUCGACCCGGCUUUCAACGCACUUUUAGGUAUGAGCGAUCCGGAUGCUGUCCAAAAUGAGCCCGAACAUGAGGCUGCCCCUCCACCCCAACCCCCGCGACCAACGGGACCUAGAAGUCCUAUGUCGCAGCUGGAGGCAGACGAGCUCUACGCCCGCCAGCUUGCCCAGCACUACGAUAGCGUCGGUGCCUACGAAGCGAGAACACAGAAUAGGGGUCCCGGUGGCCAUUACCAGCGACAGGCAACUGGUCUGAAGCCUAACGAGAUGUACGACCGAGAGCACAGUUUCAUCGAUGACGAUCUGCCCGUUAUUAAAGAAAACCUGCGCAAAGGGUUUCUCGAGACUCAGACCAAAGUCAAUUCUUGGUUUACGACACUAAAGAAGAAGAUUGACGGAGAGUACGAUGAGAACGAGGAUGAGACUCAGCCCUCAAAGAAUCAGCGCCAGAGUAUGGGUAGGCGCAGCGGGGAAGGCUCGCGAAGAAGCGCGGACUACCAUCGCUACGACGCUGAUCCGCAAGUUCUCAGCGACGAUUUCGCAGGGAUGAGGCUUCACCCGGAUGGAAGAUCAUCGCAAGAACGUCCAUCAAGCAACCCAGUCUACAGACCUCCCCCUUCUAUGUCACCGAAACCUGAUGGUCGCAAAGUUGCUUUCAAGGACACCGUAGAAGAUAUCGACCAAUACAAUGCUUCCCCGAAGAUCCCGCCGAAGGAUAGUUCAACGCCACCUCCCGGAAAGCAGAGCAAGUGGCAACCUCUAUCGUCAGUCGAUCCCAGUCCAAUCACGGAUAAUGAUCCUUUUAGCCUUGGAGAUAGCGAGGAUGAGAAGGAUACGAAAGACAAGAGUAGCGGAGGUAUUAAGAUGGAGGAUACUGAGAGGCUUAAGCAAGCUACGGCAGAUGCUAUGGCAGACAGCUUAGUCAGCUCCAACAAAAACGCCGGCGGCAGCAGCAAAUAGUGAGUGUACGAUUCUACUUUUGGUGGGGAAAUAUGAUGAGGCCGGGAUGAUGCAAGUUGAUUGCACGGUGCGCGGAUAGUUCAUAUGUCCUAUCGGCCUUAACACCAAGACAUUCGGUGUUCCUUUUCUUUUUUUAAUAAAGAUGCCCGUCCGGCUCGAUGUUUGAGCCGAGUCUGAGUAGGUGUGUCCGGAUUUCACAUUUCAUGGCACCGGGAUACGUUUAAAGCCGUGGGGCAAAGAUUCCGUAUUCCGUACCUACGAUAGUCCUACCUAAAGGGGACGACCGUCAAGAACCGCUCCACGCCUAUGCCUACGCAUGAGAGGAGAAAAUAACAAUAACUUGAUUGGCCAUCUGCUCGACAGGCAUUCGUAUCCGUAUUAUAUCCUUGCUUGUGACACAUAAAGUGCGGCCUCCCCCCGAGAUUGUCAGCACGAUCUUGUCCAGAUGCGCUAUGUACAUACCGGCUCGCUUAGAUCCGCAACGUCGCAGCCGUCCACUCCUCCUAAAACUUCUCAGCUCCUUUUCAAGGAUGUCCUUUACUAUGUAGCCCCGCACACCUCCAUGAAUCGGAAAGCUUGGUUGAUAUAAUCGAU